CUAUCUGGCCUCCCAGCGGCGCGGCCCCGGCGGCCACAUCCCGCGACUCUGUGGGGCGCGCGGAGCUGCAGCCAUGGCUGUGACCACUGAGGGCGCCCGCAGGAAGGAGCGCGUGCUCUGCCUGUUUGACGUGGACGGAACCCUCACGCCGGCUCGCCAGAAAAUUGACCCUGAGGUAGCUGCCUUCCUGCAGAAGCUGCGAAGCAGGGUGCAGAUCGGUGUGGUGGGCGGCUCCGACUACUCUAAGAUUGCCGAGCAGCUGGGAGAGGGGGAUGAAGUCAUCGAGAAGUUUGAUUAUGUGUUUGCCGAGAACGGGACAGUGCAGUAUAAGCAUGGACGUCUGCUCUCCAAGCAGACCAUCCAGAACCACCUAGGCGAGGAACUUCUGCAGGACUUGAUCAACUUCUGCCUCCGCUACAUGGCCCUGCUCCGGCUGCCCAAGAAGCGCGGGACCUUCAUCGAGUUCCGGAAUGGCAUGCUGAACAUCUCGCCCAUCGGCCGGAGCUGCACCCUGGAAGAGCGAAUCGAGUUCUCUGAACUGGACAAGAAGGAGAGGAUCCGGGAGAAGUUUGUGGAAGCUCUGAAAACUGAGUUUGCUGGCAAAGGGCUGAGGUUCUCCCGAGGAGGCAUGAUCAGCUUUGAUGUCUUCCCUGAGGGCUGGGACAAACGGUACUGCCUGGACAGCCUGGACCAGGACAGCUUCGAUACCAUCCAUUUCUUUGGGAAUGAGACCAGCCCCGGUGGGAACGACUUUGAGAUCUACGCUGACCCCCGGACUGUGGGCCACAGUGUGGUUUCACCUCAGGACACAGUGCAGCGAUGUCGUGAGAUCUUUUUCCCAGAGACGGCCCAUGAGGCAUAACUGCGACUUCCAGAGACCUCCGCCCAGGCCGAGGGCGCACCCCUGGCCGUGGUGUUGGGCGGGGGCGGGGCCCCCCCUCCUCUGGCCCAGGACGCCAGCCUCACGUUACCUGCUGCAAGGCCCAUCUUGGCAGGGCCAGGGCCUAUGCGGACUGUCCCCAGCAGUCAGCUCCCGGUGGGACUGGCUCCAGCUGCUGCUUGUACUUCUGAACGGAAGAGGUUUCUGUCUGCACUGGGAGGGCUGUGCGUGAGUGUCGGUACGAGACAGAGCCCACCCUGCCUCCCUGCCCCGGACAGCAGCGGUGGGGAGGGUGUGUGUUUGCUCGAACUUUAUCACAGAUAUUAAAGUUCCCAGAACAAA